AUGCAUUUCUCCCUUCUGACCCUCCCACUCUUCUCUUCCCUCAUCCUCGCCACAACCCUCAAAUCCCCAAUACCCUACACAACAGGCACACCGUCCUACAACCUUUCCCAAAACGGCACCCUCACAAACACCACUCUCCCUUCCGGAACAGCCUACCCCACAAACCUCUAUCCAAAACCCACAGGCCUCGUCUCAGCCUCGCCUAUCCCCUCUUCUAUCCUCUCAAAAUUCAUUCCUGAACGACGGAAUGUGAAAGGGAAGAGAGGUUACGACAUGCCAACCGGGACAGGAAUCCCGCUUAUCACCGGGACUGGAGUACCGCUUGUUACUGGAACCGGAGGUGUGAGUGCACCUACAGCUGCGGUGGAGGGAGUGAUGACUUUAAGAAAAGUCGUGAAGCCAACGACGAGGGGAGUGGAGAGGGGGAGUUACACUAUGGUUGAGAGAUCGUAG